AUGUUGGCUGUAAAUUGGGCAGGUUUCCAGUGGUUCUGGGGGAAAGCUGAGCCCUGGCAGCUGGGUGACUGCGGGCCGCCUCCUGCCAUGACCCACUCCAGGCCCUCCAGCAGCUCCAGCAGCUUCCCGGUGGGAUCCAGGGUGACUUUCACCUGCGCCGAGGGAGCCCGCAGGAUCCCGGGGCUGCCGGACACCUCGGAAUGCCUGCCCGGCAGCAUCUGGUCCAGGCUGCCGGAGCCCUGCGGCCGGAGCUGCUCUGCCCCAACACGGCUGAGGUUUGCUGCCCUGUCCAAGGAGGACGAGACGAGGAAUUUCUUCCCCGUUGGCACCAACGUGAGCUACGUCUGCCGGCCCGGCUACGAGAACACCUCGGAGAGUUCCCCCUCCAGCACCUGCCUCGAGAACCUGACGUGGUCACAGCCCCCUGAGCUGUGCAGGAGGAGGUCCUGCGGCGCCCUGGGAGCGCUGCCCGGGGGGAGGACGGGGCCCCUCAUGGCCCUGGAGCUGGGAGCACGAGUGGAUGUGUCCUGUGAGGAUGGGUACAAAUUAGUUGGGAAUAAUUUCAUCCAGUGCCAGCUGAAAGGAAACGAUGUUGAAUGGAGCGAACUUCCAACUUGUGAAUUAAUUACCUGCUCUCCACCUCCUCCGAUCAGCCACGGCAGACACGAUGGGGAAGGCGUUGAAAUUUUUGCUUAUAACUCCACGGUGACCUACAGCUGUGACCCCGAAUUCCAGCUGCUCGGGAAUGGGAGCAUCCGUUGUCAGAGCAGGGACAGAACCAGCGGGGUCUGGAGCGGUGCCGUGCCCGAGUGCAAAGGUGGUUUCAUCUGA